UGAUGUAGUGUAACAGAGACUGGGAAUGGCAGUAUGAGGCUGUGUCAGAUGAUUGAUUGGUAUCACUAGAUGAUUGAGUCUGAACGAUGCCAGUGUCAUCAGCCGGUCAGGCUGAGAUCAUCAGAUCUCAUCAGAAAGAUGACCUCUACCUGAACCACUUGAGGUCAGCAGUUGCGGAGGUCACACAGAGGCUGUUUGGGGCUCAUACCUGGUUGUCCUGGCGAUCGGAACUGGACUUGGUGGCAGAUUUGGGCUAUUUCCUGCUUACCACUUUUGCAGGUUACCAGACUCUGGGAGAGGAGUAUGUGAACACAAUACAAGUGGAUCUGACAAGACGAGCUGUGCCCUCAAAACUGAGAAGGCUGAUCAUGAUACUUUGUCACAUUGGUGGAUGGUACGGACUCAGAAAGACAGUUGAUUGGCUUGAGAAGAAAGUACGGUCCGGGGCAUUCCCUGACAUGCCGGCAACGACAAGAGAUGUUUUGUUGAAAUGUCUGCCUGUUGUCCAACACGUUGUCACUAUUGCUCACCGUUGUCACUUGGCUCUCUUCUACUUGAAUGGAACAUACUAUCACAUAGCCAAAAGACUGGCUGGAGUCCAGUAUCUUCAGUAUCACACUGGGCCGAUGGUCUCGUCAAACCGACCCAGUUUUCGUCUCCUAGGCUGGCUCUCUCUCAUCCAGAUCUGUGGUAGUGUAGGUGUAGAGGCAUUUCGAUUCUCACAGCGCUACCUGAAGGGAAGCUGGAAGAAGGGAGAUAAACUUGAACAAUGUGAAGAUAAUUGUGAAGAAAGACAAGAGUCUGAAUAUGUACCGAACUGGAAGAAGUGCUCUCUGUGUUUGGAGGGAAGAAAGGAUGCCACAGCUACUCCUUGUGGUCAUCUGUUCUGUUGGCAGUGCAUCCAUGAGUGGUGUCAAACCAAGACAGAAUGUCCACUAUGUCGGGAGAAGUUUUCACCAAGCCGUCUGAUUCAUCUCCAAAAUUACAGCUGAUAACAUGAAAGGCUUCUCAAUGUUUAAGAAACAAACUAAUAAGACGCUCAGGAAAUGUGCCAGUAUGACCUUAUAGUGGAUGAGGGGACGUGUAACUACAUGUAUUAUGGUACAUCUAAAUUGAACUAAAACAUGUGACAUGUUUCCUCUCUGGUUGCAUGUGGUAGGUCUGCUGGCAAUGUGUGGAUGGUUGUGGGUCUCCCUCUGGGUUCUUCCCACUGUACCACUGGCAAGAAUAAGUGAAAUUUUCUUGAAUAACGGUACAGCUUAAAACUCCAAUCAAAUAAAUAAAUAAAACACUAAAUUUAGGUAAUUGUUGUAGCAUAAUGUAAGCAAUAGGAUUCUCCUGCAGUAAAUAAGCUUGGUAACUGGUGCAUUAUAAGCCAGGUCGCAGCUGUAUUAUAGGCUUAAUAACUUGUGGCAGAAUCAAUACCUCGAAUUCUGGAACUGGGGUCAUACCUCUGCCAAGCUGACCUGUCUGGUUUAUACAUGCAAAGCAAUGUGAUGAGCUUUCUUAGAUUUGUUGAUAUACCACAUCUUGUUACAUUUAUAGCACAUCAGAGUGUGUGGGCGGUAUAAUACCACACCUUCUGCUGUCUUGCAAACAAAUCAAACACUGUUUUAAGCCUAUCAUGCGUAUAAUGUAUGUGAUGACGUCUGUUGAGUGUAGGUUCAUUCACCAUCUUAUGAUGGCAUGAUAUUGCUGUUGUUUGAAAAGUGCAAAAUUGUGUCAAAUAAGUUGUGUGUUCUGUACUAAAGUACAUCUUGUCUUGUCUUGCAUGAAACUGAUUCUGAUUUCCAGUAUUGGAAAUCAGUAUGGUAAGUAACUGUUUCACAGGUCUUGAUUAUUUCUCCUGUUACUAUUAUUAUUAUUAAUUAUUAGUUGUAGUAUUGUUACAUGUACUCAUAUUUAAUUCAUCUUCAAAGAGUAACUGAUUAUGAGUGAUGGACUGACUUGAUAGAUUGUCUUGAGGAAUGACUUGAUGUGAAAACUAAUAUUCAGAUUUUGGAAAUUUUUAUCAAAUGUUUAUUGCAUGUUUAAGUACAGCAUUUGUAAUGACUGACUUAUCGUGACAAUUUCUGUGAAUGGCUUGAAUGUGACAUUAACUAUUAUGUAUAUGAAUGAGAACUUUUAUCUUCUGAGCAACUAAUGUUAACCAAGUAAACCAAAAUGGUAAGUUGUGAUCACUUGAAAGUAUAGAAUCAAUAAAUUUUUAUAUU